AUGCCAAAUUCAUUUUUUACACAAUUGGGCGCCCUGGCCGUCAUUGGCUAUAUCGUCUUGCGAUAUUUAUCUCCUACUCGCCGCACUCUUUCCCUAGGCCCAAACCAGCUUUCAAUCCUAGCCAAUGUCAAGGACUUACCUCCACCCGACGUCCUAGAAUCCCAGCACUGGUUAAAGCACAAGGACUUACACGGACCCAUCAGCUCUGUCACCGUCCUAGGCAUGACACUCGUCCUCAUCCACGACAAAAAAGUAGCGCACGGCCUGCUGGAGGAGAAUGCGAGUGAGACGUCAGGACGACUUUCGAUGGUGUUUACGAAUCAGAUGUGUGGGUUCGAAUAUAUUGUUCUUUGUCAAGGGUAUAAUAGUACUUUUCGCCAUCAUCGCAAGUUGCUGCGAGAGUUUGGUAUUAAGGUAUCUGCUGCUCAAUUUCGGGAUAUCCAGGAAGUUGAAGUUAAUCGGCAGCUGGUUCACGCGCUGAAUGAACCGGGAAAGUUGUUAGAGCAUUAUAGGACCCAAGUUCGGAUUUUUGGAAAGUGA